UUCGGCUUCGCCCGAACUUAGACUUUCUUACUUGUUUUUAUAUUAUUUAUUUCAGUACUAUAUUUUCUCUCGAAUGGCUCAUACCAAAGCUGCAUUGGAAAUAGCCAUUUCACAGCCAUGAGUCUGCCCAGCGUCUCUAGAAACAUAAAACACAUAUGCAGGCUUGUUGUAGAACACAAAAAUUUUGAAAUAAGUUUUCCCAAUGCUGCUGACCACUACAACAGCAUUAAGAGGGGUUUUCAUAACAAAUUCGGAAUUAAAGGAGUAAUAGGUACUAUUGACUGCACACAUGUGGCCAUAAUUGCCCCGCCAUCUUCAACCCCUGGAGUAGUUUCCAAUAAGUAUAUGAAUAGGAAGGGAUUCUACAGUAUUAAUGUUGAAGCUAUUUGCGAUGAUGCGCUAAUUUUCCGGAACAUAAAUGCACGAUUUCCUGGCUCAUGCCACGACGCUGGUAUUUGGACAACAUCACCGAUAAGGAUUAAGGUCAUCACAGAGCACGUUUCAGGAGUAUUUAAAUGGCUUUUGGGCGACUCUGGUUAUCCCUUGGAGCCUUGGCUUCUUACGCCAAUAGCAAGCCCUGCAUCAGCCAAUGAACUCCUUUUCAACAAAGUUCACAUAAAGGCUAGAAACGGUAUAGAGCGCGCAUUUGGGAUCCUCAAAUCUCGCUUCAGGUGUCUAUCAAAAGAGCGUGUGCUCAGAUAUAGCCAUACAAAUGCCGCAUUUAUUGUAUAUACAUGCGCAAUUUUCCACAAUAUAUUGCAAAAACGAGGUAUUUAUAUAACAGAGGAAACCAUGUUGCCAGAAGACUCCACUCCAGAUAAUGCUGGUGCGAACGAGCCAAUGGAAUUGACAGAGUAUUACUCCGAAGGCGGAAGGGCACGUCAAAGUUGCCUAAACGCUUUAACCAUAUAAAAUUUUGGAUUCGUUAUACUUUAAUUGAAACCGGUAUAUGUAACUGAAUACUCGAAUCGAAAAGAUAUUAACUGAAAUCAAAUGUGGUUUUAAAACAGCUUUAUUGUCCAUAGCUUACAGAAAUUUAGUUCAAUAAAAAACUUACAU